GCGGAUGGGGAAAAUCACUCCAUUUAAAGCAAUCCAGUAACGCCAAAGUUUCCGUUUUUGUUUCAAAAUAAAAUGUUGCUACUCGUGAUUGAGUUGCGUGCUAUACUUAACAUUAGUGUUUAUUUUGAAAAGGAAUCCGUCAUACCGGAAGUUUAAUAGGACAAGCAGUGAUAACUUUAAUAGGUUAUCAGCUGUGGUUCCACCACGAGUUAAACAACUCUGCAAUUAUGAGCUGUUAUUUCGGGAUAUCGAAGCUAUAUAAAAGUACCAGUGGGAGGAUAUAGCUAGACCUAAAUGUUUUUAACGUGCCUUAUAAUCCAGCUAACAAACAGCAGAGUAAAAGGAAACCAACAUGUCCAGUGAUCUUGCCGGUGUGUGGGAGGUGGCACUGAGCGAUGGAGUCCACAGAAUAGAGUUUGAACAUGGGACGACCACCGGAAAGAGGGUCAUCUACGUUGAUGGGAAGGAGGUGCUCAGGCGCGACUGGAUGUUCAAGCUUGUGGGGAAGGAGACCUUCAAUGUGGGCAAGUCCGACACCAAGGCGACCAUCAACAUUGACGCGGUCAGUGGCUUCGCCUACGAGUACACGCUGGAGGUGGACGGGAAGAGCUUGAAGAAGUACAUGGAGAACAGAUCGAAGGUGACCAGCACCUGGGUGCUCAACCUGGACGGUACUGACUGCAGGGUUGUCCUGGAAAAAGACACCAUGGAUGUUUGGUGUAAUGGACAAAAAAUUGAAACUGCUGGGGAGUUUGUGGACGACGGCACAGAGACACAUUUCACACUCGGACACCACGGCUGCUGUGUGAAGGCUGUGAGCAGCGGGAAGAGGCGUGACGGAAUCAUACACACGCUGCUCGUGGACGGCACUGAGAUAGCCGAAUGCACCGAGUGACUGCGUGAGUGCGCUUACACCUGGAGGAGCAGAGAACUAGUUUGUUCAUGUGACUCUUCUUAUCUGCAACAACGAGGGAGGACGAAGAGUUGAGGAACGUUGUCGGUAGCUGGAGCGAGAGACUGAAUGGCAGUUACUUGACCUCCUAAAUACUGUUGAUACUGUGCAGCUUGUAUCAGCCAUGUUAGUGAAGAUUGUAGGUAAUGCAACAGUUAUAGACAGGGUCCACAGUCUGGACAGUGUAGAAGACAUGUUGCAAGCACAUUUCACUCACAAGCAUUGUAACCUUACAAUAACAUCUUUGAGAUAUGAAUGUUUUAUGGAAACCUCCUGAUUGUCCUCCAGUAGUCAAAAAGGUCAAACCCUGUGCAUCAUCUUUAGAAGGCCAAGGGUUUUUUUCCACUGAUGAAGAAUUUAGUUUUUAGUAUUUGUCAACCUGAGUGGAUUUAAUUUGGAGUCUUUUCCUUAUGUUUCAGCUUCAGUUUCCUACUGUAGCUUUAGGUCUGGUGUGGUAAGACUGUGUCAUAUUUAUAUCUGUCAGUCUGGCACAACUUAGAUAACUAUAGAGAUGUAUUGCACCAUUUAUCAUAUUGUUUAAAACCGACACCUUCUUUACAAAGAAUGUCAGCUCAAUAAGUCCCACUUGGUUUUCUUGCUAAUCAUGCAUUGUUGUUUUUCACUAUAGCCAACUAGGACCAAAUGUCAGGAUACAGAAAUGGUCUUUAAAUGCAGCAUCAUUCCAGUGUGCACUGCUCAGGCGUGAUCUUCACAUUGUGAUAUGCUGAUGUGUUUGUGUGGUACAAUAUGUAAUUAGCUUUUAGAAAACUGCUGUAGCUGUGCCAAAACAUCUUACUGUGCAUUGUGUUCAAUGCAACAACUGUAACGGCUUCAUAGACGAUCAGUCAGAUGUGACUUUAUAUCCAUUUAUGGAUCAUACACUGUAUCACUUCCUGAUGUACACAUUCCAGAGACACCCUGUUGUCCUGAUGUGAUGUCAAAUUGUUGUUCUCCUCAUAAACAAUUGUAACCUUAACAAACAAAAAGUUAUUUUUAGUUAUUGUGGUAAAAUUCACAUACAUUUCUACUAAUAGAAACAUUUGAGCUAUUAGUUGGAAUUGAUUGUAAAUCAUACAGAACGUACGUUACGUUUUUCUCUAUCUUUAAACUUGUAUAUCUGAUGUCCAAGACAAUGUGAUAUACUUAAUAACCUGUGAUAACUGAACGGUUGAAUCAUUAAGAUUAACAACCUAAAUCCUUUGUUUUAUUUAUCAUUGUAUAUCACAUUUAUUCUUACAGUAAUUUGUAAAAUGUCAGCUGUAUUUAAAUUCAAUUAAAACAUACAACGAUCAGGUUUAACGAGAUGUUUUACUGUAUGUUAUGGUGGUUAUAAUAUAAAAAUGUUAACUAGGACUCAAUUGAAAAUGCCUAGAUUCUUACAAUAAAAAACACAAUGAAUCAA